AUGAAGUUGCUCGAUGUCAUCAGUUUUUCGUUUUCGGUGGUCUUCGGCUACCAGUGCCUUCCCAAUGGUUUUCCCGAAGAGGAUCGCCUUUAUGUCUUGAACAGCAGCAGCCAGAUGAGUCCGAUCCAGGUUGCAUCACUUCAAUGGAGGUCGGCAAUGAGCAUCAGCUUGGUAGCAGAGAUUUUGAUCUCAGAGAUGCUCGGAUACCACGCUCUUGUGUCAGAGGUUCUAUAUGCGUCUGAUGAAGCAAUACUACGCUUGGUGGGGUGCUGGAGCCCGGAUUGCUCCAUACAGGGUCCAAUGGCCGAUGUUCUGCUGAGCUUUUGGCUGUAUCACGACAUGCCGCUGUUCCAAAGGCUUCAGAAAGAGAAUCCUAGACCUCCCGAAGAUUUAGGCUCUAUGGGCUACGUGGCGAGCGAUGGCAUGUAUAUCAAGGGAUCUGUGCUGAACCGCGCCGCCAGUGAUGGUUUGUCGCUGGAAUUCUUCAAGAGUUACAAUCUCUCCUUCCAUCAGCCUUAUCGAUAUUUUGACACUGUGUGGGCUUUGCCCGAGGCAGAAAUCUUAAAGUGUGACGAAACCUUUAACGGAGCCGAACUCGACACCGUGAAGUCUGACUUGAUGAAGAACUAUCUGGACAAGACUGGAGAUGCAGAAGGGGUCAUAGAAAAGAACGGCCGGUACCUUGCAAAUUGCUCGCUGCCAGCCUUUUGGAUUGCACCUGCGUGCCGGCACAACUAUACCCUGUGCAUCCCUCUCUUGCAGCUCGGGCCGGGGAUGAUGCCAGUUUACAUGCAGUGGUCCGUGGCUUAUGGUCUUCCUCUUGCUCUGACACAUGCCCGGGACUUCACCCCAAUGACCCAGCUGAUCCGAAGCCUGAGCGUGCUCUACUAUUGGUGGGAGCCGGACGAGACCUUGGUGGACCUGCAGCAGGCAAAGGUCAUACUGCCGCCGCACAGCCCAAAGGCCUGGUCCCAGGGAGAUUUCAGGACGGCCUCCACGGACGUCUAUGUUGCCAAGCUUGGGAGCCAGAACUUACGCACCGCGGCGCCCAGGGUGAGGAUGUUCUUGCAAAACUUGGCUCUUGAGGCAUCUGAGGCAUUGGAGUUGACACAAAGCAUCGGCUUCGAGAGUGAUGUUGAUGAUAGGCUUGCUUCUCUGCGUCAGGGAGCUUGUGAAUGGAUCCGAUCUCACAGUCACAUUUGGGAGCAGUGGAUGCCAGUUGCCACAGAUUGUACUCCAGGAUUUGGCUUGGUUGACGCUCAGGGCUUGCCGGUGACAUCCUUGGAUGAAGCAGUCGAAUGUAGGGCCUGUCCUGCAGGACGAUUCUCUGAGCGGUUCACCCAUGAUUCUGGGCUAACCUUCCGUUGCCAGCUCUGUGACCCCGGCUAUCGUCAAAGCCGCUUUGGACAGAGUAGUUGUAUUGCAUGUGAUCCCGGCACAUAUGCAGAGGUAGCUGGGCAAGCAACUUGUUCCCCCUGUGCGCGAGGGAGGUUUGCGAACUCCAAUGCAGCGACGGCAUGUCUGCCUUGUGGACCUGAGGAAGUCUGGACGACAAGUAAGGCUGUAGAUUAUGGGGGGCAUGAGAGAUGGAUCGAAGUAGAAGGAGCAACAUCUGCAAGCUCUUGUCGUUGCGUCCAAGGACGGUAUUUGUCGCCGAUGGGCCAAUGUGAAAUUUGCAUUGAGGGCUCUUCCUGCCCAGGCUCUGGAGUCUUGACACUUCUGCCUGGCUUCUACUCCACUCAGGGUAACCCUGGCGCGGUAAUGCGUUGCUUCGGCAGCGCGCUCCGGUGCCCUGGUGGCUUUCCAGAGACAUGUGCCAAUGGAGGGGAUUUUUUCGCGCUUGCUGUUUUGGCCGGGCUCAUCUUGCUGGGAACGGCGACUCUGCACCUCAUGCUGGCGGCGAGUACAUCAAGUGCAUCAAGUGCAUCCCAUCGUGGUGCACUCUUGGGUGCUGCAUUGUGUGUGAAUCAAUUGAUCACAUGUUCUCAAAUCUUCGGUGUGCUCGAGCAAAUACAGGGCAUCGUUUGGGCGGAGCCUUUUCUGAGCUUCCUCCAGUUCUUCCGAGUUCUGUCGCUUGAAGCACUACUUAGCUCGGCGAAGACACUCUCCUGUGUCACACGCAUCGGCCCAGAAAUGGCAUUUGUGAUUCGGACCUUGAUCGUGCCUGCAUGCUUCACACUUGGGCCGUUUUUGGUGCAAUUGGUCAUGAGAGCCAUAUGGCGUCCCGCACAGACCAUCGACCUCGUCAAGACUCUUGGCUUCCUCUUCUUGCUCUUCUUCAUCUCUUUGUGCUCCUCAUUUGUCGAGCCUUUCCGGUGCAAUCUACAUCCGAACGGAUCGCUGACGAUGCAAACUGCCCAUGACGUCUUCUGUAGUCUUACGGGUACUCACUUGACCCUGUGUUGGAUGAGCGCGAUUGUUUGCCUCCUUCCAAUUGGGUUCCUGACUACGUGCACAUGGGUCUUACUGGUGGUUCUCCCAAAACGUCUGAAGGCCGCAGAUGCAACUUUUGUCCGGGCCUGCUCAUUCCUGAUCUUGAGGUUCAAGCCAGGAUCGGAGGUCUUCACAUUGGUUUUCCUGCUGAGAAAUGUGCUCUUGGUGCUGACACCCAUGAUGCAGCCGGCGAUCAGCUUGUUUGUGAUGGGGAACCUCUUGGCCUGGACCGCUGCAUCGGUUGCAUACUUCAAGCCUUGGCGCACAGACCUUUCGAAUCAGAUGGAUGUAUUUGUCAGCUCGAUCUUGCUCAGUGUUCUACUUAUGGGUGCACUCACUGUGAGUGAUGCAGAAGCAAAGGGCCUCAUGAUUCUGUGUACAGUGUGUGGAUUGGUCAUUGUUACUGCACUUACCACAGGAACAUUGUGCUUGAUAGUUCAGCACAUUGCCUCCAAGUGUCGCAAGAAGUUUGCUUACUUCCUCUCUCAUCACAGAUCAGCUUCUGCUGCCUAUGCGCGGCUGCUCAGAAUGGAGCUGAGAAGCCGCGGGAAGCAGUUCAAUGCCUUUAUUGAUUCUGACAACCUUACAGAUCUCUCACGGCUUUUCUCCUAUGUCAUUAAUGACACACAGACCUUCGUCAUUUUGGCAACACCCGAGAUUCUGAAAAGGAAAUGGUGUAUGGGAGAGGCUGUGGGGGCAAAGCUUGCUGAAGUCGACACGAUGUUGAUAACAUUCCCAGGCUUUGAACUGCCAGAUGAGGUCUUUAUUAGAAAUUAUGCCAGAAUCGUUCCUGACAUCAAAGAGCUUGCUGCAUAUGGUAUUGGGCUCUCAGAUGUUCGAGAUACCUUGUGCUGGCUAUCUACAGUGAGGAGCUGUGGAGUAGCUUCUCCUUUCUCCAUGGAAAACUUUUCGGAUGUCGUUCACAACCUUACUGGACUAUCUGCACGUGCGCCCAAACAUCAGCCAAGUGCGACGGAUUAUGCGAUAUUGGCAGAUCCUGAGAACAUGGAAGCCAUGGCCACUGCGCAAGUCCUGGGUCGAUUCUUGAUCGCCAUCGUCCCGGAACGAGGUUUGUCAACGCAUGUGCUUUGCAGCAAAGAGAAUGCCCUCUACGACACUCGGGACGAUCAGAGCGACGACGAGUUUUUCGACCGGACAGCUGUGCAGAAGGCUUCGACACCGAAGGUGGAGGAGGCAGAGCCAGCAGACGGCAGCUGCGGAAGGUUAGCGCCGAUUUAG